UUCUUCUUCCCCAAUCCAACAGCCGACGACCAAUCCCCGAACUUUCUCUCUCCCUUCUCGUUUCUAAGCAGAAGAAGAGAAAAUGAAAUAUUAGCCAAAAAAAAAAGGGAGGAAUUUCGUACAGCUCCUAGCCGGUUUUCAUCCUCUUCGUCACCCCUAUAUUGCCUCGUGGAUCACUACCCCUUCCUCGGUUCUUGCUCAUUUUGGUAAGAAUCCGGCUCCUUUGUGCUCAAUCUGCGACGAUUUCCAUUUAAUUCGGCCUUGGAAACCCUAAUUUUAUUCAGCUCUGUAUUUUUUAGGGUACUUCUAGAUUGUUCUUCUUGUUGUUAAUAUUGGAUCGUCAUGAAUCAAUAACGUUUUUGGGUGGUUCCUUUUUUUUUCGUGUAAAGUUUCUGUACAGUUUGAAUAUAUUGUACAGGAGCCUUGCAUAGAAAAGACAUGGGUGCAAAAAGGUGGUGACUUUUGGUGGAUUUUUUUAAAAUUCCUUUGCCAUAGGUUAAUUUGAUUUUUGGCAAUUUAGGGUUUGAGGAAUUUGAAUAUAGAAAAAUGUCGUCAGCGGGUGUUGUUGUAAUUAGUCCAAUCCGAAGUGAGGGAUCUGUGGUACUUUCACCACUAUUAUCACCUCUAAUGGAUAGCCGGGAGUCCGUUUGGAUAUACCUUGCUAUGUCUGGGUCCGUGGUCCCAAUGAGGGUCCUGGCAUCCGAUUCUAUUGAAUCCGUGAAGUUGCGGAUUCAGACUUGCAAAGGCUUUGUGGUGAAAAAUCAGAAAUUGGUGUGUGGAGGCCGAGAAUUGGCCAGGAGCAAUUCUCUAGUUAAGGAUUAUGGAGUGAGCGAUGGGAAUGUUCUGCACUUGGUUCUCCGACUUUCUGAUCUUCAAUCUAUUCACGUGAGGACUGCCUGUGGGAAAGAGUUCACCUUUCAUGUUGAGAGGAACCGUGAUGUUGCUUAUGUCAAACAUCAGAUUUCCAAGACUAAGAAUGGUAUAAAUGACAUUGAGGAUCAAGAGGUCUUGUGCAAUGGUGAGAGGCUUGAGGAUCAGAAGCUCAUUAACGAUAUUUGCAAGCAUAAUGAUGCUGUCAUUCAUUUGUUUGUGCGAAAAUCUGCUAAAAUUAGGGCCAGGCCUGUUGAGAAAAACUUUGAGUUGUCCAUAGUUGCACCUAAAUUGAACGAAGUGAGAGAGUAUGAUGUGAACAGAGAAGUUGGUUCUGGGAAGGUAACAGAUCAAAGUCCUUUUGUUCCUAGGAAGCCUCCAGAUAGGGAGAUUAUCUUGGAGCCUGUAAUUGUUAACCCAAAGAUUGAAUUACCUUUGGCUCUCAAGGAACUGAUAAAUUCCGCCAUUGAUGGGUUAGAGGCGGGGAGUGAUCCGGUGAGGUCCUCUGAGGGCACAGGAGGAGCAUAUUUUAUGUUGGAUUCAUCACAAAGUAAGCAUCUGGCAGUUUUUAAGCCAACUGAUGAGGAGCCUAUGGCUGUGAAUAACCCCCGAGAUCUGCCCCUCUCUGUUGAUGGUGAAGGACUUAAGAAAGGAACGAGAGUAGGAGAAGGUGCGUUGAGGGAAUGCGCUGCCUAUAUUUUGGAUCAUCCAAAGAGUGGUCGGCGCUCGUUUUCAGGUGAGGAUAAGGGUUUUUCUGGGGUGCCACUUACUUGUAUGGUUAGGUGUCUGCAUAAGAAGUUUAAUCAUCCGGGUGGAGUAAAUAUGAAGAUUGGGUCCUUGCAGUUGUUCACGGAAAAUAAUGGAAGUUGUGAGGAUUGGGGUCCUAGUGAUUUCCCAGUGGAAGAGGUACAUAAAAUUGCAGUGUUGGACGUGAGAUUGGCUAAUGCUGACAGGCAUAGUGGAAACAUUUUGGUCAACAAAGGUGAUGAUGGCAAGACCGCACUGAUUCCAAUUGAUCAUGGUUACUGCUUGCCUGAAAGUUUUGAAGAUUGCACAUUUGAUUGGCUGUACUGGCCACAAGCUCGUAAACCUUUCAGUCCUGAUACCAUUAACUACAUUAAAUCACUGGAUGCUGAAGAAGAUAUUGCCUUGCUGAAGUUCUAUGGGUGGGAUAUACCUGUUAAAUGUGCGAGGAUACUACGCAUAUCCACCAUGCUUCUGAAGAAAGGCGCCGAGAGGGGGCUAACUCCAUUUGUCAUCGGUAACAUGAUGUGCAGAAAGAGACUGAACGAGGCGUCGAUGAUUGAGGAGAUAGUUCAGGAAGCUAUGGAUUCCGUGCUGCCAGGUUCGAGUGAAGCCGGCUUCCUUGAGUGUGUGUCCGCUAUUAUGGAUCGCUGCCUCAAUGAAAUCGUGUAGGUCUGUGGUGCAUUGAAGAAGUCGGCACAUAUGUGAGGGUAUGUGCAUAUAUGAAUAACAAUAACGGUAAAUAGUGGUACGUUGGUAGUGGGUUCUCGUGGCUCAAUUUCAAGUGAAAAUUUGCUUUAAAUUCUUUUUAAAUUCCAAAUCUUUCAUCAGUUAAACUGGAGAUGACCCUUAGUGGGUGUAGACAGGCUCUAGUUUCUUGAAAGAGUUAAUGCAGAAUUUUUAGGACACCUCCCUUUAUAUUCUGUGAUUUAUGAUCUUAAACUUGAGCAUCAGUUUUUUUUUUCCCCCCUCAUUGAUAUGAUUUGCAUAGGGAGGAGUUUGAUUUGA